AGCCAUAACAGAUGGCAUCCAGUCUCUCGCCCGAGUGCACACCACUCAAACAAUCGUAUGAUGCUUGCUUCAAUGCCUGGUUCGAGGGCUACCUCGAGCCUGCCGUCGCAGCCUCAGCAACCUCAAACGCCUCGGGCAAGAACGACGCGUAUUCGGAUUGGACGAAGAAGAAGACAGCCGAGUACGAGGAGAAGUGCGGAAAGGUCUGGCAGUCCUACCGAGAAUGUAUUUCUAAAGCAGUUUCUGACCGCGGCCUGGACGAAAUGCUCGCUCAGGCUAGGAAGGAGAACCCUCUAAUCCAGUCAUCUUCAUCCUCCCAAACACGGAGUUGAGAAUUUCCAGCUAUCAUAUAUCAGGUACAUCGCCGCUCACUAUGUACAAUCAAUGCACUGGCAACUCGCCCUCCGGUUUGCUUCACACCGCCCUGUUGUGAGGCCUACAUCACUCGCUUGUUAUAGUGUGCAUAUCGUGGGGUCAUACGAAUGACGAGUUAGCUCUUUGUCGAAAUUGCUCCAGCUUGUAAAGUACGCAAUGAUCCGCGAAACUCAUGCAUAAUGUUUCUUGGCGUUGCGUCCUUCGCAAUAAACCAGGAUUAGCAUGAC